AUGGUCUACGCCUUCAGCCUCCCAACCACCUCUCCCCUCUCGUUCCAAACAUUCAUAUCCUCCUCAACACAUCCCUCCCUUCCCCAGUCAGCAUCAACCACCCGCCAUACUCUCCGACUCGCCCUCAAGGCUCACAAGCGCAUACCCCGCGGCGCCCAACAAGAUGCUCACCUCCCCACCGUCCUUUCCGCUUUAAAUGACUAUCUGCCCCAUCUGUUCGCAAUCUCACACGGUCUACGGGGCCAAACUGUCAAACAAAAUCCCACCCACGGCAGUCAAUUUGGAAGCUAUCACAACCUAUCCGUGGAUAACCAAUGCCACUCGGGCGAAGAGAUUGAGAUAACACUACACGCCGAAAUCGAAUCCGCCUGGAAGACAACGCUAUCUAGCAGCAGCGCUUUAAACCUCAGCUCUUCGGCAAGCAAUGCGUCGAGUGGAAAAGGGAUCCGACCGCGCGGGGGACGUACCUUGGGCCAGGGAAUAAAUUUUGAAAUCGCGUUCACGCUCACAACACUUGGCUACGUCCUAAGCCGACUCGCGAGGGCAAGCGUCAUCCAAUCUGUAUAUGCACCCACGACCCAAAGCACAGAGCAACGCACCGCAGCUGUGCAGACAGCAACACGAUACUUACUCCAAGCGAGCUCGGUGCACGGGCUCCUUGCUUCAUCGCCUUCGUUGGCUGUCGCGACCUCGGGGUCCUUGUCUGUAUCGGAUGUGGAUAUGACAACACAGUCUGCGCUAGGCUCGCUUGCUCUUGCAGAAGCUACGCUUCUCGCCGUAUUGAAAGACGAUGCGUAUGUCGUGGCGUGUAUCCAGGCACGAAACCCUAAUGACCGUGAAUGGAUGGUGAAAGCGCCCGAGAUCCCAAAGGUGCGCGCUUUACUUUUUGCACGCUUAUGCGUUCGUGCUGCAGAGUACGCAGAACAAGCUGCUGCUGGACUUGGAAGCGUUGGCUCGGACAAGAGUGGCCGUCUUGAUGACGAAGUUACACGAUAUGCGGCAGUUCUGGGUCGUGUAGCUCGGGCGCGUGCUUGCCGGUUCUUUGGUAUCGACGCUGAGCUUGCAGCUAAAUGUGGCGAGGGAAUUUCAUGGCUACGAGCUGCACGUGCAUCACUUGGGCUACGCGGAGGUGCGGGCUAUUCCCCUGGAGCUGAUGAGUCUGGAGUGCCAGCUCCAUCUAAGGGAGGGUUUUCCCGCCUCAAGCGCGAGUGGACUGAGCGGCGGGAAGAGAAAAAGAUAAGCAAAGAUGCUGGCAGCGGCCGUAGUGAGAAAGGUAUCCUAGAGCCUGGAGAUGAUGCUGGACGUGACGAGGAGGGCCGAGUGAUUACGAUGCUGGAGACGAAGUGGAUCCGGAUGAAUGACACAAUUAACACCCAGACCAUUCCACCUUCCACAUCGUUGUUGUCUAAUUUGCCGUCUGGUCGAGAUAUACAUACACCACCUGCACCAUAUAAGCCCCCCUCGAUGGAUGAAGACCAAUUGAUGCGUAUGCGGGCUCCGCCGAACGAGAAUGAAAUUAUAUCAUUCGGGAACGACCUUGAUGAUAGUGAUGAGGACAUUUUACCUGAUUUACGUGGACCGCCCGCAGGACUUCCAGAUCGCAGCGAAACAGCUUCGACUGCUUAUUAUUGA